AUGAGGAAGAGGAGGAGAAGAUCAGUGAUGAAAAGAAAUAAGAAGAGAAACACAGUAUUAUAUAUUCCUGAGGAUUUGGUAGUAGAGAUAUUCUCUAAGGUUCCGGAGGCAUCUCUGGCACGAUUCCGAUCUACAUCGAAAAGAUGGAACGAUCUAAUCAAAAAUGAUACAAGACUUGCUAAGAAGUCUGUGAUUAUGUUGAUUGGCUAUAGGGUUUAUCUAGCGAGCGUUGAUAUCCAUGCAACCCACAACAACGUUGUGAAGGUAACAAGACAAUUAACCCUCAAAGACCCUAUUUCUGAUUCCUCCAAAGAAGUCGAUAUAUGUAACGUCUUUCACUGCGAGGGUUUAUUGCUAUGCACCACCAAAGACAAUAGACUGGUGUUUUGGAAUCCAUGUUCAGGUGAAACCAGGUGGAUGAUCAAACCCAAAUCUUCUUACGGGAAAUUCGAUAACUAUUCUCUUGGUAAAUCCUCCUGCGACAAGUGCAAAAUCUUGAGGGUGGAUCAAUAUGGACAUGGUUUGGAACCAUGCCUAGUUAAGUACGAAAUCUAUGACUUUACCUCUAACUCGUGGAGAUCUGUUGGUAAGACUAGAGACUGGUCCAUUCCAGGGUUAAAGAGGCAUGGCAUGUCUGUGAAUGGAAAGACUUACUGGCUUGCUUAUAGUUAUGGUGGAGACCCCGCAGAGUGGAUUAAGGAAAUCAUACUGAGUUUUGAUUUUUCAACAGAGAGAUUUGGAAUUGUGUCUCUUCCAGAUGUAUGGAUGGCAACUAAGAUUGAGAGUACCGGAGCCAUGUCAUGGAGCAAGUUCUUAACUGUGGAACGAGCCCAUCGCCGCCAGUUCUUUACGGUAUGUAAUGGGAUGAAUUUCUUGGUCGACCAGGAGAAUAAACUUUUGUUCUGUCCUGGUAGACAUGGGAACUCAAACAGCUUCUUACACAUUGUGGAAGAUGAUAAAUACAUACAACUGGAUCAUCAUGAUGCAGGAUCUCAAUGCACACUUCUCGAUAGCUAUAUGUUCCAACUUUGA